AUGGAGCGUCCUGGUGGCCGAACCAAGGAGGAGGCGAAUAUCCAUCGAACACUGCAGGUAAGCAUAGCGAUCUCCGUGGGUGCAACGGAGGCAGGUAAAGUGGCCUGGUCACGGUGGCUGAAUGAUGGGUUUGGCUACUGGUGGGUAAGCUCCAGUGGGUUCUCAUUUUUCCACAAUGACGGUGGUCAUGGACAGAUUAUCGAAGCGAUGCUGUCGUUGACACUAGCCUUGGUGGUUCUGGACCUUGCCCUGGAAGUCGGCGCUCGGAUGUUUGGGCGUCGGCUCACACAGUGGGCUCAUGCUGGAACAUGGCUGCUACUUUCCCUGCUGGGAGCCGCAGACCUUGCGCUGAACAUCGGCGCCGGUGGUGCUCGGGUCUCGCUACCUUUGGUCCUUUUCGCCAUCACCGAGUGUGGCUACGUUUUCCGAAUGGUCCUUCCCUGGUUACACUUCGUGUUAGCAAGCUUGGUGCUGAUGAUCCUCUUGGUGGUUCUGCUUCUGCCAGUCUUGGUGCGCUUGACCCGUGCAGCCCCGGAAUGUCGUGUUCCAUGGGCGUGCAAGCUGGCGGUCGGCGUGUACUGCGGCGGUGCUUUGUGGAGAUGCCGCUCUGCUUCUCAGGGCGUGGGUGCUGAUCUCUUGAGCCAGCUCUCCAGUGAUGCCUUGGCCAUGUUGACGGGAACCCUGCUGCCCGUGGACUCCCGGGAGGCACUGCUCGCCUCAUGCUUCAGCUACUGGGCAGCGCAACGCCGCAACGUGACAGGUGCUCGCCUCCCAUGGAACUACGUUUAG